UUUGCUUAACGAGCGAAAGAUGAUUUCUUGAUAAUAAGUGUCAUAAAAUAAAAACAAAGAUUAUCACUAUUUACUGCAUAAAAAUUUAUAAUUAUAAUAAAAACCACAAAUAGCAUACUGUCCUUGGAUAUUAUUUAGUUUCAUUUCACAGAGACGGAUAUACAGGGAUUAUUAACACUUCUGGCAACCACGAGUACACACUAGGAAGUCGAGUGUUUUCCAAAAUAUUGAGUCUUUGUGUGUAAAUGUAAUGAUCUUCAGGGCAAACAUGCCGCGUUAUUGUGCAGUAAAAGUUUGCAAAAGUCGCGGAGGGACUGCUUCUAAAGACAACAAGAGAAUCAGCUUUUACCCGUUUCCUUUGCAGGAUCAGGCCAGACUGCAGAGGUGGGUUGACAAUAUGAGGCGAGACGAAUGGGCCCCCAGCCGUCACCAGUACCUCUGCAGUGCGCACUUCACUGAAGACUGCUUCGAUGUCAGGUGGGGGAUCCGAUACCUCAAAAAUACAGCAGUCCCCACCAUCUUCCCUUCCAGCCAAGGCGAUGGGGAGGAAAGAUCCCCUGGUAGGAAGACAUCCAAGCCCAGGACCAGGUCUUGCAACUCUGAAAUCCAGCCUGUCAGACCAGACCCCCUACCCAGUAAGAAACCAAUCAUCCUCAGAAGAAGAACUAUACCAGCUGAUUUGUCAAAUGACAACCCCAGUACUCCCAACACUGUGGUCAACCAAUCAGCUGUCCCCGCAACCUCAGAAAGAAGGCUGUCAUCGUCCCUCAGCAGGGUUGCUUUAGAUGAAGUGUUGCCCUCAGAGACCCAGACAGAGGUUUUUAGCUGUUCCAGCCAGCUACCUGGAGACAUCGAAGGGGCUCUGCCUUUGUCCUGCUCGGUUCUGUCAGUAGCUGUGGAGACCCAGCAGGCAGACUCCACCACCGCUGAAGUAACGGUACUCCGCUGUGAGUCCCUAGGCCCGGUCUCAGAGAGACAGACCCUUCCAGCUACCCUGGAGGGACAGAUGUUUAGGAUAGUCCCUGUGGAGCUGAAGGGGGAGGGUCAACCAGACGACCCCAGCUUCAGGGAGUGGGUGGUGCCAGACGAGGCUGAGCCUAUGUGUGCAUAUGAGCACUCCUACUCCAGACAGGACACGGACAGAGAGCAGCUGUGGAGCCGGAUUAUGAGCCUGCACGCUAAGAUCGUUGAGCUGGACAGACGAGAGGAGACCACCGUGGCCAAGAUCCACUCUCUGGAGAGCGAGAUUGCUCAUCUGAAAAGGGACAGCGUGGUGUUUGAUGAGAAACAGAGAGUCUUGGAGGAUUAUAUUUCGUCUGUGUUGCUUUGAAGUCUUGUAGUAUAUGUCGUUUUGUGGCUAUUUAAUUUAAUGAAGUGUGUGUGUGUCAGUCAUACAUCUUCCACUUGGUGGCACUGUAGCUCUGAGAGCUAAAACACUGUGUAGUAGACAGUGAGUCUUGCAUCCCCAACCAUCUCCUCAUGAGAUAUUAUCAGGGGAGUCUUAAUGUGGGAUGUAUGUUGUCUGUUCUCAUCUCAUUAUUCUCAUAUCAAGCAUUCCAUUUUUGUGGGAUAUCGUGUAUCGUCUCAGUUUAGUGAUGUGCAUCAGGAAGUUUGCAAUUUGCGUCUUCUGUAUAAUGAUACGAGUUUCUAAUUUUAUCUCUGAGAGGUUUGUGUCGUCAGUUAUUUAAGAGUUCCAUUAUCCUUGUAUGAAUCAACAUUUCCACCAGUUUUUAGACUUAACGUGUUAUUCAGAUGCAGUGUCUUGAAUUGGAGGUGUUUCAUAACAAGGUCAUUUAUUUCACACAUCUUGGUUGGUCUACCACUCUACUGCAUGUGGAAAGUAUUGACAAUGUCUGUUUAAUUUUAUGAUGCUGGAGACAGUGGGAUACUGUUUUAAGUGUCACAUGUUCCAGUAAAUAAGGAUAUCGAUUUUUUUUAUCUACACUCUGAUUAGAGUGAGUGUCUUGUCUGGUCCCUCAGUGCCAAAACAGUUCCAUUCAAUAUUAUUAAUUGUCUAGCAUACUACCUAGGCUUUAACCACAGUUUACUGGACCACCUUAUCGGAAACAACAUCAACAAUAGCUAAUGUAAUGUUAUCAAAAACUCAUUUGCCUUGACUCCCCUUUGUAUAUGCAUGUCUCAGUAGAAUAACAGAAAAUUGUAUAAACUUUAGAUGGAAAAAUUACCCUCAAAUAAUUGUCCUGGAACAACAGAAGACUGUGUAUAGUGUUUGUAUUUUCCAGUACAAAGCUCUUGUGUCCUCAGCAUUUCUUCAUGAGUAUGACAUAUUCUAUGAGCUCACAGCUCUCACGGCAGGGUGACCAGUGUCCUGGUUCAUCAGGCCUGGGGCUCGGUCUGAAUCACCAGAAAUCUUGUGUCUCAGGCCCAGUAAGAGAACUAAUCCUGUUCCAGGCUGCUAUCUAGACUGCAGACAGCCAUGGGCUCUGAGACUACAGCAUACAGCCCUGAUAAGAGCAGAGAGAGGUGCCCUGAAUGGUGGAACAGUUAUGCCCCACCCAAACAGAGGAAAAAAACGGGAUAUGUUACUAACUAGUUUUAUCCUUAUGAAAACCAUAAGGAAUGACAAUAGGAACAACCAUACACAGUGGUGCAACACAGGGCUGCACCAUCAAAUGAGUUACGCUUUAUUCAAAAU